AAGUCUUUACAAGGAUUCCCUUCACAACUGGACACGCGGGCUGUUGGAAAUUAUUUGCUAGGUGAGGGCUUCACUCAGGAUCAAGUUGUCAAGUACAAAACAAAUCGAGCUUGGGAUCACAAAAGAGGGAUUCAUUCUGUGAGGUAAAUCCGACUUUGAAAUACAUUUUUGGCCUUUUUCUUUGCAAUGCCUCUAUUCACAGAGGCAUUUGUCUUUAAAUUUACAAAAUGUUGUGUGUGUUGCUAAAUAUUAUAAAGAUUGAUAGAUCUUUUAAAGUGUAUCAUCAUAGCUUAAUAUUUAACAAAUAUCAUCUGGUCUCAUGCACCUGGUCCUACAAUUUUUCUUUCUGCUGCCAAUGAGUCGCUCAUUCUUUUUAGUUUUUAUUUUUUAGUUUGAUAGAUCUUUAGUUCAAUAUUUAUUUUUUCAUUGUCUUUAGAUUCAAUCAACUCCCAGGCUUGGAUGGUGUUUGUGCAGUUAAAGCAUUUUGCAAUCCUUCGUUCUCUACGAACGCUGAUGAUGUAAAGUCAGUCCAUGUUGUUCUUACUGACAAUGGAAAGCCGUGUUUUGGCCACUGUACAUGCACUGUAGGACUACGGAAAGACUGUGCCCAUGUGGGUGCUUUGUUGUAUGUUUUGUGUGAAAUUGUUGCCGAAGGUCUCACUGAACUUCCAGCAGAUCCAGCUUGUACUGACAUUCCAUGUCCAUGGGCAGAGCCUAAAGGGUCACAUUGUGAUCCAAAAUUUGCUGAAGACAUAAACAUUUAUAAAGCGAAAUUUGGCAAGGAACCUCCAAAAAAGAAAUUCAAGCCUUCACCUUCAGUUGCUGAAAGAAAAUACUCUUUUACUUUUGAAGAGGAUAAGGACUUUGAAAGAAAGAUAAAACUUAAGAAUGACCUUCUAAUUGCAAACGAACGCUCCUCCCUAUCACCUGUAUUUCACUUGAUAACUGGAAAACUGCCAAAUGAACUGGAAUCAGUCCAGCAAAGUUCUCAGGAACUAAGUCAUGAAAUGCAGGAUAUUGACUUGGCACAUGCAUCAGAGGUCGAAGUUGAAGCCAGUACAAAAAUUGAGUUACCAGUACACACUCAGGCUACUGCUGUUAACAAUCUUGGCCAAUGUUCCAAAGCUCACAAAUCUAGUGCCAUUGAUAGCAUCAUAAGUCCACCUAAACAGCAGCCUGUUUCUUUAACUGAGAUAAAAGAUCGCGCAGAAAGAAUAAAAAAAAAACUUUUCAUCACCAAAGAAGAAGUUGAAUCGGUUGAAAGGGGCACCCGCGAGCAAUCAAACUGUCAG